CAUUUAAUUAGCCUAGAUUAACAUUACAAUUACCCUACCUAAAUUUAGGGAUAAAGUCCAAAAUCGUCGGAGUCAACAAAGUCUGUAAUUGUACAGACCUGGGUUUGGAGGAGGUCCCGGGAUCGCAUUCCACUAGCACAAACCCUGGUCUGUAAAAAUAAAUUUCUCCCUAAGGAGACGAUGAUGACGAAGUACAACAAAUUUCUGAAUUUCUAUGUGGUUAUCUUGGCUUUCACUUCCCUUCUGUUUGAUUCCGCUUCUGCUGUUUCGUCCGACAGAAACACAGAUGGCUACACAGUUAUUGGUAGAGUGAAAACAGAAGCCCUUGGAGGGAAAGGACAUGGAUUUCCCAGCAAAACUGCAAAUAUAAAGGUCAUAUUGAAUGGUGGAGAGACUGUUUCUUUCAUCAGACCAGAUGGCUAUUUCUCUUUCUAUGAUGUGCCAGCUGGAACUCAUCUGAUUGAAGUGGUUGCAAUGGGCUAUUUCUUCUCUCCGGUUCGAAUUGAUGUCAGUGCCAGACUACAUGGAAAGGUUCAAGCUGUGCAAACAGAAAAUCGCAGGCUUCUGACUGAACUUGUACUGGAACCUUUGCGAGAGGACUACUACUUUGAGAAAAGGGAACCCUUUUCUAUACUAAGCCUUCUUAAGAGCCCAAUGGGUCUAAUGGUGGGAUUUAUGGUAGUUGCUGUGUUUCUCUUGCCAAAGUUGAUGGAAAACAUCGAUCCGGAGGAAAUGAAAAGGGCACAAGAAGAAAUGAGGAACCAACCAGCUCCAUCCUUCGCAAAUUUGUUGCAAGGAAGGACAAGUUGAUCAGCACUACAUUACUAAAGCAAAUGGCUAAUCAUUGAAAUUUAUUAGCCAAAUAUUUUGGGUGAGUUUGUAGACAUUAAUAGGGGCCAGAUCGUAAGACUCCAGUGCUGCCACCUGUUAAAAUGAGAAUUAACUGAUCCUGUACAGAUAUGGAAAUUGACUGUUUGAAAAACAUCAAAUUUUUGCAUCAAUUCGUUCCCUAGUGUUAACUAAUUUUUGAGGUUUUCAUUAAUAAUAGUUGAAUUAUCUGGUGUUUAUGUUUC